AUGAACGACCUCUUCUCUUCCGGCUCCUUCUCCGGCUUCCGCGGCGAGCAGGGCUCCUCCGACCACCACGUCAUCGAGAUGUCCUCUACCGCCACCGGCGUCCACCUGGACAAGUUCUUCGAGGACGUUGAUUCCGUGAAGGACGAGCUGAAGGAGCUCGACCGCCUCAACCACGCUCUCCGCAGCGCACACGAGCAGAGCCAGACCCUCCACAACGCCAGGGCCGUGAAGGACCUCCGGUCCCGCAUGGACGCCGACGUGACGCUCGCUCUCAAGAAGGCCAAGCUCGUCAAGGCCAAGCUCGAGGCCCUUGACCGCUCCAACACCGACAACUGGAGCCUCCCCGGCAGCGGACCCGGUUCGUCGUCGGACCGGACCCGGUCCUCCAUCGUAAACGGGCUCAGGAAGAAGCUCAAGGACUCCAUGGACAGCUUCAAUGGCCUGAGGCAGCAGAUUUCAUCACAGUACCGGGAGACCGUACAACGGAGGUACUUCACUGUCACCGGUGAAAAUCCUGAUGACAAGACCGUUGACCUUCUCAUCUCCACAGGUGAGAGUGAGACAUUCUUGCAAAGAGCCAUUCAAGAGCAAGGCAGGGGUAGAGUUUUGGACACCAUACAAGAAAUUCAAGAGAGGCAUGAUGCUGUGAAGGAGAUGGAGAAGAAUUUGAAAGAGCUGCACCAGGUGUUCCUGGACAUGGCCGUCUUGGUCCAGGCCCAAGGGGAGCAAUUGGAUGACAUCGCCCUCCACGUGGAGAGAGCUCAUUCGUUCGUGAAGGAUGGAACCCAUGAGUUGCAGACUGCCCGGGCGUACCAGAAAAACACCCGGAAAUGGACCUGUUAUGGCAUUUUGCUUCUGCUGUUGAUCAUCGUGGUCCUGUUGGUGGUCCUUAAGAUCAUCGGUGUCAUUUAGAGCCCUUUGAUACUAGAUUCAUUUUCCUUUGGUUUUUCUUUGGAUGUUUGUUGUAUUUUAUUUCUUAACCAA